AUGGCCUCGCCGCCCAAACCCUGGGAACGUGCCGGCGCAGCUGCUACAUCGGCUAUGGCCGCGCCCACUGCUACCGCAUCCGGCAUGCCGGUACCAACAGCAACAUCCAACGCCUUGACCGCGCCCGCAUCAAUAACAGGGUCUUCCGGCGCGACACCCGUCAUUCCUCCUCGUCCCGAUUCUCUCGCUGCCUCGGUGAACCAGAACGCCAAUGCGUACAGCCGGAUGAACAACCCCGCAUACAACUCGGCAUACUCGUCGCCGUACUCAGGUAUGGGCGGCUACGGGUCUAGGAUGUACGGCGGUGGCUAUGGCGGCUACGGAGGCUAUGGCAUGGGAGGCAUGAGCGGCAUGUACGGCGGCAUGGGCGGCAUGGGCGGCAUGUACGGUGGUAUGGGUGGCAUGAACCCCAACGAUCCAAACAACCCGAACAGCUUGACGAAUAGCUUCAACAACAGCACCCAAGCCACUUUCCAGAUGCUGGAGGGUAUAGUUGGCGCGUUCGGAGGCUUUGCGCAGAUGUUGGAGAGCACGUACAUGGCGACACACUCGAGCUUUUUUGCUAUGGUGUCUGUAGCAGAACAAUUCAGCAACCUGAGGGACACGCUGGGUUCCGUACUAGGAAUCUUCACAGUCAUGCGAUGGAUACGGACGUUAAUCGCCAAAUUGACAGGACGUCCGCCACCAGCAGAUGCAACUGCACUCACACCUGCGGCAUUCGCCAAGUUCGAAGGCCGGAAAUCACCACCCGGCACUCCAGGACAACCCACACCCAGUCGGAAGCCGCUGAUGUUCUUUUUGCUCGCAGCCUUCGGCCUGCCCUACGUCAUGAGCAAGAUCAUCAGGUCGCUUGCUGCCUCCCGAGAGGAGGAGGAGCGCAGACAAUUAGAGGCCAAUGCACCACUUGACCCCAGUCAGCUCGAGUUCUGCCGUGUGCUUUACGACUUCACCCCCCAGGAUAACGUACAAGGUGUCGAUCUAGCAGUCAAGAAGGGUGACUUCAUUGCCGUCCUCUCCAAGACGGACCCCAAUGGUAUUCCUAGCGAGUGGUGGCGUUGCAGGGCACGCGAUGGUCGUAUGGGAUGGCUGCCCUCGACAUUCCUUCAAGUCGCUAAGCGCCCCGGCCAGCCGCUUGCUGCGAUUAAGGCUGCAGCUAGUGAGCCUGCCAGCCCCAGGACCAACUCCAUGACAAGCAGCACGCCUUUGCCACCUGCCGUGACGGGCAAGCCGGGUGAUGUAUCCAUCGAGAGCUUCCAGAAGUCGCAAUUCUACUCAUAG